AUGUCAGUACAUAAAGCAAAUUUCACCGAAGACAAUUUGCCUCAGAGGCUGGCUGCUGAUGCCGCCGCGGCUGCAGUCGCCGCCGCAUUAGUCACGCCAGUAGUCACGAUCAUGGACAGAUUAAGACCUGUCAGAAUUGUUGUGGAAAUGUCCUGUUCAAACAGGCCAUUCUCCGAUUUUCUCUUGACACAUCUGAGAUGCGCUCUCAAAGCACCAGGCCGCUUCGCUCUCUCGAGGCCAUGUCUGCUUGUUUUCGGUCUCUACUUCGGAACUUUCGGCAUUGCCAAUUCGACCACGACAAUUUCAGAUACCCAAUUCUUUAGACCUGAUCCAACAAUGGCCAAGACGAUUACGGUUUUUGCCACUCUCUCGGUCAAUAUUCCGCUUGGAAUCCACAAGGACACGGUCUUUUCAAGGCUUUUUGUGUGUGCAACUUUGCCCAUACAAACCCCGUCAAAAGUUCCAUUGACACCUCGCACACCUUUCUCCACCUACUCUGCAUUUCUUCUGCGAGAUGUCAUCACCAUUUACACCUCUUUUGCCCUUCCCAGUACGGUUUCCUCUUAUGUUUCUGACACGGCCUUCUCGCACCCUCAGGCGAAGGCCGCGGUAGCACAACUUGCUGUACCGGCGCUUGGUCAAGCAAUAAACACCCCAGUUCAUCUCAUUGGACUGGAGAUCUAUAACAGGCAAGGAGGGGUGAAACUGCCUGAAAUGAUUGACUUUGUCCGCAGGAACUUUGUGUCAGCCGCCCUGGUGCGCAUAGGCCGUAUUAUCCCUGCGUUUGGGCUUGGGACCCUUAGUAAUAAUGAGUUGCGAGGCGAAUUGAACCGUAUGAUCAAAUGA